UUCCGUGAACAGAGUCUGUUCAGGAAGCUACAACAGGUGCAGAAGUUUUACACAGAAUCUCACCUGAAGAGAAAACCUGCUUAUGUUCCCAUGACGGUCCUGCCUGCCCCCACCCACCCACACACACACACACACACACACACACACACACACACACACACACACACACACACACACACACACACACACUGGUCAAAAGGCGCUGCGGCAAAAAUCUCCUGAGUGGUUCUGAGCACGAGAUUCUGCAGCAGCUCUCAGUCCUGACUGCUCCUCCUCCUCCUCCCGGGUCCCCGUGCGUCCUCCUCUCCAUCUCUCUCCUCGGUCCGGACCCAGCCCGCCCGUUUGGACCUGGAGCUCAGAGGGAACUGUGGACAAUCAGAGUUUUGAAAGGUUCUUCCAGCAGCGGCGGACUUUCCAGCCUUUUGGUUCUGUUUCUUCGUCUAGCAGCAGCACGUUAAAGCCGAAACCUCCCGAACCUGGAGCGUCCGGUGCCCCUGUCCCAUCCCCGCCGUCAUGGACGUGUUCCGGAGCCGCCUAUUGGGCAUCUCCGUGGCCGUGGCGCACGGCGUGUUCUCCGGUUCCCUGAACAUCCUGCUGAAGUUUCUGAUCAGUAACUAUCACUUCAACUUCCUGACCCUGAUCCAGUUCCUCACCAGCGUCACUGCGGCGCUCACCCUGGAGACCCUCCGGCGGCUCGGCAGGGUCCAGAUCCCCGCCUUCAGCCUGCAGCUGUCCAAGGAGUUUGCCCCGGUGUGUGUCCUCUCCACACUGCAGUCCACCCUGACCCUCUGGUCCCUGCGGGGCCUCAGCCUGCCCAUGUAUGUGGUGUUUAAGCGCUGCCUGCCUCUCUUCACGCUCUGCAUCGGUGUGUGUGUGCUGAGGAACACCAUGCCAUCCGUUGGCGUGGUGACUGCCGUGCUCAUCACCACCGGGGGUGCUGUACUUGCAGGUGCCGGAGAUCUCACUGGAGAUCCCUUCGGUUACGUCACCGGUGUUCUGGCUGUCAUCAUCCACGCCUCCUACCUGGUUCUGAUCCAGAAGACCAGUCUGGACAGCGAGUAUGGGCCUCUGACAGCUCAGUACGCCAUCACCAUCAUGGCCUCCCCGGUUCUGCUGGCAUGCUCCCUCAUCUCCAUGGAUGCCUUCAGCAUGUGGAGCUACGAGGGCUGGAAGGAACCUCCCAUCACCAUCAUCUUCAUCCUUUGCAUCUUCAUCGGCUGUGCCAUGAACUUCACCACGCUCCACUGCACCUACAUCAACUCAGCUGUCACCACCAGCUUUGUGGGCGUGGUGAAGAGCAUCGCCACCAUCACCGUGGGCAUGCUGGCCUUCAAGGACGUGUCUCCCACCCGGCUCUUCAUCGGCGGCGUGGUGGUGAAUACCAUCGGCUCCAUCACCUACUGUGUGGUCAAAUACUACGAGACCAAGAAGAAGAGUCUGUACGAGGACCUGGAGAAGGUGGAGAAGGAUACCUUGCAGCCAGGAGAUCCCUACAGGGAGAAACCUCCUCUAAAUGGAGCAGGACCUACCUCUGGUUCUGACCCGGGUCACCUGGAGACCGGGGAGGAGACAAGUGGUGACAGGAGGGAGCUAACACCUCCUGCAGCUAAUGGAGAGGUACCAGCAGGAGACGGUGAACAAGGAGACACAGAAGGAGGCUUGAAAAAUGGGGUGAUGACGGAGAAGGAGGCCGUGGAGAUGCAGCGGGAGCACCUCCACCGGGUGUCGACCUCCUCCUCCGCUCAGUCAGCUGGUGACACCUUUGUUGGUGUGUGGAGGUCCAUCAGAUACUUGCAGUUUACUAAGAAGGACAACCUGAUCGAUAACAUGGAGGUCCAGAGUCCGUAAGAUCUCAGCUCCAACAGGAACACAGGAACCAGUUUUAGGAGACGGAACCGGAGGUGUCCACCAGGAACCUCCUCCUCAGCAGCUUCACCAGAGCUUCAGGCUGCGAAACCCGCAGGAGACUCGCUUUCAUCCAGAAGAACUUCCGUCACCUCUCAGCUGGAGGUGGAGCGUUUUGUCCCAGAGCAGAAACGGGAGGAGGUUCCUGGUGGACAACCAGGAUCAGUGGGAAUGAACUCUGCUUCUCGUCUCCCCGGCAUGCAGGAAGUGACACAGCAUGACUCGGAUUGCAUCCCAGCCUAAAUCCAGCCAGGGAUGCGCCGGAGGUCCUGGUCUGGAUUUGGAACCAGGAGGUUCUGGGAGACCGGCCCUCUCUGCGGAACACGUCGUCUAUUCCGACAUGUUUCUAAGAAAAACUUUAACGAAAACUUCUCGUCUCCCCCAUCAGCUUCCUGAACAGCCUGAGUGCAUCAGGACCGACGAGCUAACGGCUCGGAGCCACGGACGUUUUUUCCGUGUUUUUCAAAUUCAUCAAAUAGCAAAGCUUGAUUUUCUUUAGUGACAAAUAAAAGAAAAAAAUCUG